CACAUUCGUGAUUUAAUGACCUGUCGCGAUGCCCCGGCACACAAUUGUGCGGCGCACCAGUUCCAACCAGCAGGCGAUAAAACAAGAAGCCGAGAUACACGCGAUAUCGACGACAUCCCUCCAACCUCAAGAGUGGACGAAGCUAAUAUGCCAUCUGCCUCUCAUCCAUCGCCCUCUUCCGCCAGCCCAUGUCCAAUCCAUGCGGUACGCGCGCUCUCCUCCCUUCCCCCCGCCGUAUCCGGGCAUUUCCUUGCUGAUGACACUUGCUCGACAAAGCCCCAAUCUUCAAAUCACGCUUUUACAUACCCAGGGGUGUCAUUAGGAUUUCAGGUUGGCUCCUUAAGCGGCAGAGCAAAUGGACAUGGCAAAGCCAAACUUAACUUCCUCAAGUGUGCAUAUUGUCGGAGAGACAAGAAGAAGUGCGAGGAGAAGAACGUAGGGGACAAGGGAAAGUGUAAACGGUGUGCAAAAAAGGGAUUUCCAUGUUCAGAUUUGACUAGCACGGGUCCUUUUAGGAAGGGCCGUGAAGCCAAAUCGCCGACUGAAGCUGAGCAGCUCUCUUCCGUCGCCGUCCCUGAAGACUUGCACCUUGUGCUAACCCAACCCCCUCCUACUAAACAAGUAGCAACAGCGUUGCCUGCAAACAAGUCGGCUCAGCCCCGCGGGGCGGCAGUUGUCGAGCCGGCAUCACUGCAGUUGGAAAGAGAGAAGAAUUCAGCACCAAUAAACCUCCAAAAUCCUCAACAAUACCCGAGUCCUCCGGCUACACACGUUGGUCAUGCCCCCUCAUCAACCAAUAUUGGUUCUUGGUCACUAUCAGGGGUAUGUGCUCAUAUUGAGGAUUCACAUCGCCAUAGCCCUCCCGGCUCCCCCCCGGACCCAGGAUAUCGCAAUCCAGCUAGUGAGCCGCCAGAGGGUCCAGAGGGGGCGGAUGACGGCGAGGCAAGAAAGAGGCAGAAGAAGAGGAAGAGAACACAGGUCUAUCGCACCAGUCACUCCAAAAACAAUAACGCAGGGGAGAGAAGGCGAAACGAAACCCAGGAUUGCGAACACAUUCACGCCGACAAUGACCUCGCCCCGGGAGAGCCACGACGCUGGGCCUGUCCUUUCUAUAAAUUCGACUCUAUCAGCCAUUACCACUGCGGGCGCUAUGAAUUCAGACGCGUUCCCGAUGUCAAGCAACACCUCGAGCGCUGGCACGCCAUCAAGUCCCCGCAUUCUUGCUCGAACUGCUGGACAACAUUCAAGUCGAAGCAACUCUACGACGAGCAUAUCCGCAGCAACUCGUGCCAAAAAGCACCAGCGCCAAAAGGCCUGCUCGUCGCGCAUCUUCCGAACAUACCGCGUGGCGACGAUUCGUCCAAGUGGAAUUGGCUGUGGGACCAGCUCUUCCCCGGCCACCCGCGGCCCGAGUUCCCUGAAAUGAAAGAAGGCAUUGCUGAACCGCUUGCAGUUCUGAGUGGAUCUUUUAACAAAGAAUUACAAGCGAAGCUGCCAUCUCUGUUAUCGUCACUCAAUAUUUCUCUCACCGAGGAAGACAUGUCUAAAUUGGCAACCGGCAUCAUGAGCACUCUUCAAGAGUCUGUCCCUUCUCCCCAUGCGGCCCAUUAGUGUCCUUUGCACAAAAAAAAGACAUACAAUUCGCACUCUGUGGCGUCAUCAAUUGCAAAUUAUUCGCUAUAAUGCGAAUAAUAAGUCCCCGGAAAGACGGAGCGGAUGCCCCAGAUUUGGAGACACGAAACAAGAAAGACAUGAACUUAUUCUUAUUUAUCUUUGUUUUUUUCUUUUAACAUAGCCUAAUAUUACUAAUAUAUUAAUGCUAUAUACUAUUUUAUACA